AUGACAGAAUCCGCAGAAGCAGUGGCAGCGGCACUGUCCAGUCGAAGAAGUGUAACCAUCGAGAUCACCAACCUCUCUGGGAACUACUGCCUCAUCAACCCCAAGGUGUACCUGGAGAAAGGCUCUAUCCCUGUCCCACCCCAACCGACCGUCCGCCCUCUCAAAACAGAGGUGUGCAACUUCAGCAAAGACUCUGGCAGGGCCUCUGGGGCAGUGGGAGUUCUGACCUAUGACCUUUUCGAGCAGAAGAGGCACGACUUCAUCGAGACGGUGGCGAUCAUGUUCUCGGUCCCAUACGACGGCAACAUGUACAAGAACUGGUUUGCUUUGGGGAUCUACCCGAAGGGAACGGAAUGCAACGAGGCACUGUACAAAAAGAUGUACUACGACAAGGAGCCGCAGGGUUUUGUGAGGAUGGAGGCAGUGGGCAGCGGGAUCACGUUUGAGGGCAGUUACCUGGACGUCAAGACGACCAUGUCUCCUCUGGGCCGGGCCAUCAUGAAGGUGGAGAUCUGGGACAAGCUGUUCUCUGCACCAGGCCAACAGCAGAAAUACUGA